CACUGAUAUGAAGAAUGAAAUAUCGUAUGUGAUACCCGUAUGAAAUACAUCACCAUCGAAUACCCAUUUCUUGUUUGUUUGAUUAGCCACCUUCAAACACGGGAGAGUACUUUCUUAUGCCCAGCAGUGUAUAUUCUGACGCAGGUCUGAGACAGAACGUUCAAACUAGUAGCUCGCGGCGCGAACUUCUCUUUAACAGUCUUCUGAGUCACUGCUAAACGCGCAAAAAGUUGUUUUAUCUCCAGAUAAUGUGUGUUGUCAAGCGUGUAACUCUGGAUAAAUCCAAAUGUGAAGGGGAGUCAAUGUGUCGUUUUGAUAAAGCAAGAUGAAUGUAUUUGGAAUGAGUUUAGCCCAGAAUACAUUUGAUGCAGGAGUUACUGAGUGCUUCAAAAUUGUAAAGAACAAAAUGCAGUUAUAUCUUUUUAACGGGUGUGUUUGGAAUAGAUUACAUUACAAGUUCCGCUUCAGUGAUAUUUCAUACUGGUUUCAUGAAACGGAAUGAUUAAUACAUUUUGUAAUCCCAAGUUUCGAAGUGAUGAUUUCCGAGCGAGGUAGAUUUCAAGGUUAUUAUCAUUAGGACGUAAGAAUGCAGCAAAGAGGGUUUGGGUGAUCCUGGCACAGUCAGGCUGGUUAGGCGCAUCAUCAACUCAUUGCCCUCUACACGCAGCCCAGACAGCGAAUGGUACAGGAAGCUCUGCCUACUCACCCAAAACUUUUCGGAACAGAGUCGUCCGUAUAUCCGUCCAGGCCACACCAAAUGAAGAACAACGUUCGUGCCACCUUGCAGACGACCUUUACCUUCAAAUGCAAGGCCGCAAUGUAUCGAUAACUCUACAUCUACAACAUGAGCCACACCACGACACCAGAGCCCCCAUUCCUGUGUUCGGGAGGAAGGCGAAUGGGCAAUCCGUCUCCAGGUUCUGGCAACAGAUAACAACUAAAUGGAGAUCCUACGAAGAUGUCCAUCGAACCAGCUCCCUUGAAGUCGCAUGCUCCAUGACAGAAUCUAGACCAUUGUAUCGAAUAUCUGGGUUUGUGAUCGUUGGCGGCCAACUAUACCGCCUGAAGCCAUUGGAAGGGGGUGCAUCCUCCCGCCAUGUUCAUCAUCUGGUUCCUUUGUCGGAAGUCUCCAAUACUGAAAAAAUAGAAUAUCAUCAGCAACACAACCCUCGAUUUCGGCAGAGACGAGAAGUAGUCCCAGAGUACAACAUUGACGUUUUAGUAAUAGUAGAUUAUCAGCUUUUUCAGCAUUGGCGCAAUUUUGUAACUGGGUCAGCCACAACAAUAGAUAAGACUAAAUCAGAUAUCAAGACUUAUAUAGCGCUGGUUUUUAAAGGGGUGAAUGUUCGCUUCGCCAGCAUCUCAGACUACAAAAUCAAUGUCAGAAUCGUAGAUAUAAUCAUUGCGGAGACUGCCACGUCACCGACUGCAAUACUCACAAGUCAGUUUGCAAUUAGUAAUAACGUAAAUGCUAACAGUACAUUGUUUGCUUUGCGAAACUAUGUGGCAUCCAAUCAGCUUCCACAGAAUGAUCAUGUGAUGUUAUUUACCGGGUAUGACAUUUUCGGCUCUGACAAUGGCGUUUUAUUCAAGUACACCAAAGGUCAGGCGUUUGUUGGGACGUUGUGUGAAGUUGGUCGUAGCGUCUCCGUCGUCGAGGACCAUGCAGGAUUCCAGAGUGUCCACACGGCUACCCAUGAGUUGGCUCAUAGCAUGAAUGCCACCCAUGACGGGGACGACGACCCCAGCUGUAGUUCACGUGACCGCUACCUGAUGGCCGGGCGGCCGGAGGCGCCAACAGACCUGACCAGGGCCAACCCAUGGCGCUUCUCAAACUGUUCAAUAGAAACGAUGGCAAACUUUUUUGAAAACAAAUUGAAAAAAGGGGGCGAGUCGUGCUUGUUACAAAGCACGGGAACAAACGUUCCGACUGUCAGCAGUUCAGCACCAGGUCAACUGUACAGCCCCAAUCAACAGUGUCAACAUAUCGAAGGCCCACAGUCAUACUACUGCAGGGGGCCUUCAUUCAGCAACGUCAGCGACAUCUGUACCUCCAUGUACUGUUACCUGAAUAACGUGGAUGCCAACCAAAUUCAAUGCAAUGAACACCAUGCAGCCGAUGGGACGUCCUGCGGAAACAGGAAGUGGUGCGAGCAAGGACGAUGUGUUGAAUCUGAAGAUGCACCAGUUAAAGAUGAUGAUUGUGUCUUUGGUGACGAAGUCGGGGUCACCGUGAACGGCAAAACGUGCUCAGCAGCGGUGGCGGAGGCGCCUUAUGCCUGUUACAGAAGUGAUAUUCGGCAGCGUUGUUGUGGAUCGUGCGGGAAUAUUCAACCACGUACAAGAGGCUGCGAGUACGGAGACAAACUACCCGGCUGCGUGACACGCGGCUGUCACUCCAUCCUCACUAACGGUAAAAUCUAUGACGACGACUGCUGUCGGACGUGCAACUUCAGCAUCGAUGCAUGGCAAUGCAGAGACGAAUCUACAGCCGAUCUCGACUGUUCUCGUAUACAAUCCUACCAGUGUUAUACACCUAACAUUGCCUUCUCCUGCUGUUCUGCGUGUGCAAAAUACCGGAAUGUCGACAAUACUGGCUGUGAAUACGGGGACCAGCAGGAGCGAUGUGAUAUUCUAAGUAACUACGGAAAGGAAUGCAGCACCGACAGACAAGUCAAGGAAGUCUGUUGCAAAACAUGUUCGCCGGAUAUCAAUUCUGCGCAUGUCAUGACGUCAUCUUUCGCGGCCAUAUUUUUACUUUUCAUAACAAAUUUGCUUUAUGUUUGUCAGGAAAUGAACAGAUAUGUGCGAUAAAUGGCAUCAGCAAAACCCUAAUUUCACACCUGGACCAGUCCCACCCGACCUCAGCGCUGAGCUAAUCGUAACAUAGGCAUAUGAUCGUCGUAGCGCUGAGGUCACUUUGUCGAACGGUGCCAAAACUGCUCUCAAUUAUUUACAAGCCGCUUAAGACGUUUCACAUAUACUUGAAGUCAUUCCCAAUCCUCCAAAAAUAUAACCCCUUUAUGAUCUGAUUCAUAAAUCAGGGAAAUGUGCCAAAUAUGAUAUAAUGUAACUACGACUUUAAAAUGAUAUCUUAUUAUGUUUGUUUGCUGUUUACGCCGCACACCACUCUAUAAAUAAUACCGCGAUUCGCUGUGCAGAGUUGCGUCCCUUGGGCACGCCAGAAACCUAUGAUUGCGGGAUCGAAUCCAGGUUCACCCCGAUUAUGUUUCUAGGUUUGUCAGCACCAUACCCGUGCUCGUGGGUUUCACCGAAGUGGUAAACGUCUGGGACCUGCAUCACUUCGGUCUUUCCUCCCACAUUAAGCUGACACGCCGCGAUAUAACUGGUCACGGGUCAAGAGCGAAAUGAGUACAAUUAAGCAUUUAUUGCCAGGUAGAUCAGGGAGUGCGAGAUACUAGUACAUGAAGGCGAAUCAGAUAAUUAUUAAUAUAUACAUCAAGGGCAACAUAAUUAUUUACUGGGAUGCGAGGCUUAUUCGGAGCUUAGAAAUAAGUAUUAUGAUACUCAAUAAAAAGUUAGCCAUACGCAUACAAAAUGAUUGACUACUAACGUAGCUUUGUCAAAAUUUGUAUAGUUUGCUUCUGAAUUCCACUUGGCAAUGCAGUAACGAUAUUCAUAGCUUCAACAUACAUUGCUGUUUAUCAUUAUUUGAUUUCCAGUAGUGCAAACUGUAUAUAUGUACUGAUUCUCCAAAUGCACUACUUUGUGUAAUCUGUUGUGUAUGUAACUGUGUUCAAUGGGCCUCUAGCCUGAAACUUCAAUCACAAAUAAUCAGGGUAAUUUUAAUAGCCAGCGUUCAGUUUUAUCACAGCGAGAUACUAUCAUGACCAAGAGUGAGACUGACACGUUUAUUGAGAGUGGUUCUUGAAUUGCGAUGGAGACGUGUGAGAGUUAACGAUCCUUUGAGAAAAUGUGAUGUAGACAUGCAAGGAAUUAGCUAAAGCCUAUGUACAUUAUCGGAGGAUUGAGUUAAUAGUUUGUGUGUUGUCUAACGACGCACUCAGCAAUAUUCCAGCUAUAUGACGGCGGUCUGUUAUUAAUGGAGCAUGGACCAGACAAUCCAGUGAUUGACCUCAUGUCGAAGCGAUCCACGCAAUUGGGAUACGAUGAUAUGCAUCAACCAAGUCAGCGAGCCUGACAACCCAAUCACGUUAGUCGUUUCUUUCGACAAGCAUGGGCGCCUUUUAUCGCAAGUAUGGGUUGCUGAAGACUUAUUCUACCACGGAUCUUCACGGGUCGAUUUGCGUUAAUAACUAUGAUCUUUUAUAAUCUGGCACACAAAGCCACCAACCAAUAUGGUGUGUUUUUCAUCUUGGGUUCGAAUCUCAGAUUAGCCAUGAUAAUGUUUCAAGGUUUUUCAGCAAUAUACCCGUGCUCGUGGGUUUCACCAAAUUGGUAAACGUCUGAGACCUGCAUCACUUAGGGUUUCUUCUCAAAUGAACCUGCCACGCCGUGAUAUACUGAAAGACUGUUCAAAGCGGCGAUAAAACCAACAAACUGGAAUUAGUUGUAUGUUUAUGAAUGAAUGAAGUUAAUUGUUGUGGAACCUCAUUUUAUACAUGCAUAUCAAUAAUAACAUAGAUGACUUAUUGAUAUUUUUGUGUGUCUACAGCUGAAGCAAAAUGUACAAGAAUGAUAUUAAUAUAAUCUGAAUAGGGCAUGUAUUGUCCGGUGGUUUUGAAAUGAUUGAUAUUGCUCAAAUGAAAUAUUCAUGUAUUUGUUGAUAUUUUAUAUGAAAAGAAUAAAAAUGUAGACUGC